AGACGCGACCAAACGCAUAGAAUCUUCCUUUAUCUGAUGUCGGUACCAUUUUAGAGAUGUACAUCAUUAAUGGUGCAAGUGGAUCGCAUCCUUUUAUUCCAAGAAACGCUUCAUCAUCUUGUGGACCUUCAUAUAAUAAUUCUUUGGUAUAUAUAAGAUUUCUAUGCCAUGAUGUUGUGCAUACGCGAUAGCGAAUACACAAUAUCAUGGCAUAGAAAUCGAUAAAAUCGGUGUAAGCAAACCUACAUGUGCGAAAUGUACAAAACAAUUGGAAAGUCAUGAUGUAGCAUUCAAGAAUGCUAGAAAUGACAAUAACCAUCUAAGAAAUUGGGCUGGACCGAACGAAGUUACAGUUCAACAGUUACAAACUAUACAACGACAGCCAGUGCGAUUCAAAUCUAAUGGUUAUCAUCAUAGUAUCCCUGAGACACGCAACACUAUUAGGAAUGAUGUCAAACAACAAAUCAUUCCGAAACCAACAUGCACUAUAACAGCUGCUUCUGUUUUGGAUAUUAUUGAAGACAUCGACAAAGAUCCUUGCGCGCAAGCGAGUACAUUCAAAACAUAUGCAGGCAAAUACGAAAAACCGAGAACGGCAAGAGUUGGAUAUUGUGCUGGUGCCAGCGUUGCAGAAGCAAGUGCUGGUAUAUUCGGAGCUAGUGGUUCAGUGUGGUCAGCAUCGGCUCAUGUUGAGGCAGGUACGAACUAUUCGGUUGGCGCCAAUGCAUCUGUCGCAAGAACAGAAGUACAUGCUGGUCCUGUACAAAUUGGGGUUGGUGAUCUUGAAGCAGACUUACCUCAAGUUGAUGGUACAUUUGAAUUAUCGGAAGGUGUGAAUUUACCAUCUUCACUAUCAUCAAUUGACAUUUUCACGUUAUUUUUAUCAUCGGAUAUUGUCGAUCACAUAGUUCAACAAUCUAAUUUAUAUCGUACACAAGAAAAUUUAAAACAAGAUCCAAUGAAUGAUUUGGAUUUUUAUCAAUUACUAGGAUUUUUAUUUUAUACCUCAUUGAUCGGAUUGCCUAGUAAAGGCGAUUACUGGUCACAAUUGUUAAUGCAAGAAAUUAUUGCAAAUAAUAUAACACGUAAUCGUAUUGAUGAACUAUUACGCACGUUACAUUUCAAUGACAAUGUUUUGAAUGCAGCGAAAUGUGAUAAAAUCCAACCAUUGAUUGAUCUAUUCAAUAAACGCUGUGCAGCAUUAGUCGAUCAAGAAGAACACAUCAGUUCAUGA